UCCUGCAUCCAGCAUGCACGCACACCUCAUCUCAUCCGCAUCAUGACAGGAAGAGGAUUGCGAUACGCAAUGUGGACUUUUCCAUCCCCAUGAGAGCCAACACUUUUUCUUCCUCUUCACAUCACAUCUUCCCCUCUCAUCCACCCCUCACGCGACUGGCCUUGUUUAAGCGCCGGACCUCUGGAAUGUGAAGGACGAUCCCAUUGGCCACUUAUGAUUGCCGUUGAAGCUUAAACGGCCGCAGCGUCCUGCCAAUCAUUUGACGACGUCGACCGCAUGAAGAUCAUUCCAACCCAGGCCUGGCCGCACCGCACACCUCCGCCCCGAUAGAGGUCAUGGCCUCUUCGGUGCAGGGGCGCGACUUUAGUCCUCCCUCUCUCGCGCGACACAUCCCCCACCACCGCCGGCCGGUAUCACCUCCACCACCCUCGUCGUCUCCAGCAUCAUCAUCAUCCCCACCACCGCCCACCUCGCCCCCCAGUCCCUGGGCAGCGAACGGCGUGCGCUCGCCCAACGCCGCCAAGCGAGUGCCUCGCAAUCCUGCCGACGAGCUUAGAAGCGCCGUUAAUAGAGAUGUGCUAAGAGAAGAGGCCAGGAAGGCGGGCUUCGACCGCCCAUUCGCCGUCCAGCGCAACGUCUCGGCCCCCAUAUUGGCCGCCUCCCCUCCCCUCAGUCCGCCCACUUCGCCCGACAUGAGCUCUACAUCCAACCACCUCCCCUCACGUCCUGCUCCCGCGUCGAAUCCCACGCGAAACUUCUCCAUGGACUCGACGCUUUCGUCCGCCUCCAACAACUCCCCCAAGCCGAAUGGCGCCACCGCACACCGACCGCAGCCUUCUACACGAGACAUUGCAUGUUUGAUCGCCGCAGCCGGUUCCCCCGAGGCCGCCCUGCAGAAGCUGUUCGCCGAGAAGGAGCAUGCCGCCUCUCACAAUGCGCAGCUAUGGAGGCUGGUGGAGAAGCAGCGCACCAUGAUCCUGGGUCUGAACAAGGAUCUCGAAAAGGCCUUGAAAGAGAAGGAGAGGUAUAGGAAGCGAGUGAAGGACCAGCUCCAACAGUCCGAGUCGGCGCCGACGUUGACCACCGCGAAUAUGCAGCUGGAGCAAAUGUUGAGCCGGGAAGAGAGUGAAUCACGCGCGCCCCUCGAGCAUGCCUCGCCCUCAGCCGCUAUCAACACCCGCGACAUCAGCAUGGACAGCCGUCAGGUGAGCGAGACCUCCGAAGGCACCUCCUUUGGCCCUGGCCGCUCCGACGAUACCCCACUCGAUGCCUCCAACGCCCCCUCCUCUGUCCUACCUGCCACCCCACUGUCGGCGGAAAGUCCGCACCAGAUCGUGCGCGAUCUCGAUAUAGCUGCAGCUGCCGCCGUGUCCGCGCAGGAGAACAGAGUGUUUGCUCAGAGUCCGACGAAGCCCUUAAACUCUCCAAGGAGCCCGCAGCAUCGAGACAACCUUCAUAAAUUGACCCCCUCGAUUUCCUCUACUAGCAGCAAUCCGACCCCGUACUUCCCCAGCCCCAAGAUACCAGUGGCGCGAAAAGGGCCUCCCGCUCCUCUAAAGCUGUCGUCACAGAGAGAAGCCGAGGCGGCGGCGAAAGUCACCAACAACAUUAUCGAUCCUUCAGACUCCGAAUACGAGGAAGACCCCGACAGCGCGCGCGCCGAACAAGCUGGACGUGGCCGACGCAAAACUCGUGAAGAGGAUGAGCGCGAACGUGAGGCAGUUGCACGACAGGAGAUGGAGAGCCGAAGUCAAUCGACAAAGGAAAGCAAGGGAAAAGCGCAUCGUUCGACAGACCCUUACGGUGGAGCAGAAAACAUCCCUGCACCCCUUGCAUUUAAGCCUCCAACCGCAGACAUCUCCUCCUCUCAGGCGAGAACGGACGCGCUGACGCAGCGAUUGAAUGAACCGCCUGCGAUUGUCUCUCAACAAGCUCGUGGCAUGGAUCACACUCCACUGCCCAGAAGUAACACUGCGCCAUCGUUACUGAGCCCGGGAUUACCAAUGAGCCCCAGGCCUGUGGACCGUCCAGUGAACUCUCCCAUGCCUCGAGCACCCAACAAGGUCCUCAAUACUAUACCAACAUCGCCAAAUGCUGGUAUGGCUGGCUUACCGCUGUCGCCGAGGGCACCCAGACCACCAUUUGUGCCGAGACAAGACUCACUGCCGGCCAAUUCCUUCUACUUGACCCGCCCCGAAGGCUACCAAACAAUACAACCACAGCCCAGUACACUUGACAGAGACGUGAGGCCUGUUGCGGCAGAAAAUAUUCCACCUGAACAACCAUACGCCCCGACUCCCACGGUGCCGAUGACCUCCGGUGAGAUAUACCAAGGACUCGUCACCGAUGAGUAUCCCGACUUGCUACUCCCACCGAACGCGCUGCCGUCAAUCUACGUAAAGACUGCAUCGUCGAGGAUGAGACCCUCCCGACAAAGCUACCUCGCUCCCAAAGCAGCCGAUGAUAACCCUGUCUUCACUUUGGCAGUAUUUGAGCGGUCUGACCAGAAGCAGCUCUGGCGGGCGGAAAAGACUUUUGCUGCUCUCGCCCAGUUGGACGAGGAGAUCAAGUCCACAUGCAACUUCCGCGAACGCAUGCCUGACAAAGUGCUUUUCAAUGGCCAUGCACCCGCGAGGAUCGAUGCGCGACGAGCUGCGAUCGACGCGUACUUGAACCGUAUGCUCGAGUCGGUGACGGAUGACCGGUCGGCGAUGAUAGUGUGCAGGUUUUUGAGUAUGGAUGCCUUUGGAACAGACGGAGGCAGUUACUUUGGUGGCUCUGUGGAGCUGCGAUCAGAUACCCCGUUGAACAAAAAGCCGCGGAGGGAAGGCUAUCUCACCAAGCGUGGCAAGAACUUUGGCGGCUGGAAAGCGAGGUUUUUCGUCCUCGACGGUCCGAUCUUCAAGUACUACGACUCGCAAGGAGGAGCGCAACUCGGCUCCAUCAAGCUACAGAAUGCGCAGAUCGGCAAGCAGUCUACGGCUUCGGCUCAGAUGUCACAGGAGGAUGAGGAUAACCAAUUCCGGCACGCCUUCCUCAUCCUCGAGCCGAAGAAGAAGGACUCCAAUUCUCUGGUUCGCCACGUUCUCUGUGCGGAAAGUGAUGAGGAGCGGGAUGUGUGGGUGGAUGCACUGCUGCAGUAUGUCGACCACAAAGACGAUUCGGAGGAUCCAUCCAGGGCCUUCCUCUCCGCCAAAGCAGGGGAAAUCGGUCCACCUCGUAGUCCGAGGCUGCAGAAGUCACUCAACGACCUCAGACCUUCUUCGAGCCGCGAAGGACCCGGCAUGAGAACCGAUGGACUCCGCGCUGUUGGUUACAGCGAUGUAGUCGCCGGUGACGCGCCCGUCAUGGGCCCGCCAAGUCCACGCAUAGGAACCGGUGCCUUUCCUCCUCUCGACGGCAACUUCGGUCCCGCGGUCACCCCCGUAGACCAGGCGACCUCCAAUCACCCGAACAUCUCCGGCCCAAGCAAUCCGCAAGUGAUUUCCAACGCGGGCGAAUGGGGUAUGAAACCAGUGCCCACGCCGCCGAACAGGGAUAAGAAACGCGGCAUCUUCUCUGGGUUCCGCGGCCGCUCUUCGUCCGACCUAGGCCCGAACGACAAGCUCCCAGCACCUACUUCGCAUGCGAACGAGCAGAUCUACAGCGGCGGUCCUCCGAGAGCCGUCUUCGGUGCGCCACUUGAAGACGCGUCCCGGUAUUCCCGCCCCGCGGAUGUCGCCACCGAACUUCCUGCAGUCGUAUACCGCUGCAUUGAAUACCUGCUCUCCCACAACGUCGUCGCUGAAGAAGGUAUAUUCCGGCUGUCGGGUUCCAACACCGUCAUCAAAGCACUCCGGGAUCGCUUCAAUACCGAGGGAGACGUGGAUCUUGGUGCAGACGGCAAUUAUUACGACAUCCACGCCGUGGCCAGUUUGCUCAAAUUGUACCUGCGCGAACUGCCGUCGAGCAUUCUGACGCGUGAGUUGCACUUGGAAUUUUUGACGUGCCAGGAGAAACAAGGACGCGAGAAGCUGGUAGGGUUGAACGCACUCGUGAACCGACUGCCGACGCCGAAUCGUGUACUGUUGGCGGCGCUUUCAUCCAUGUUGCAGGCGAUUGUGAACAAUGCGGAGGUGAACAAGAUGAAUAUCCGGAAUGUCGGCAUCGUCUUCUCCCCAACUCUAAACGUCCCCGCCCCACUCAUCUCCUCCUUCGUCGAAGACCAAGCCCUCGUCUUCGGCCCACCACUCACCGAACCCACCAACCCCGCCGCCUCAUAUCCCCCACCCCAACAACAAUACACGUCCAACCCCUACGCCCCGCAACCCCCAUCAACAACAGAUCUCCGCUCCCCCCGCAAGCAAAUGUUCUCCGACCUCCCCACGCCCGCCUACGGCCAGACAACCUUCCAAUCCCUCGGCGUGCUGCAUCCCGACCACGCCGCUGACCCGUCGACGAUGCCCGUCCACCCGGGCACUACGCCUGAGGGCAACGGCGGCGCGGGCGGCUCUUCGUACGCUGCGUACGUCGUUGCGCCGCGGGGUGAAGGUGCGUUUGGGAGUUUGAAUGAUGCGCUUAAGACUCCUGCGCCGCAUACUGUUUAUGGGGUUGCUGGUAAUGGGGUUGUGAGUGCGAGGGAUGGGAGGGGGAGGUGAGGGGGCGAUUGUUGAGUUUCGGCUUCUUGUUUCUGCGUUUCUGGCAUUCAGGGCUGGGAUACCUGCGCUACGGCUGCAUUUUCGAUUGUACUAUAAUUCUUGCCACGAUCCGUUUGCGCCAAAGAUGGCUUUUGGGGCGGCGGAGUGUAAUUUGUGUAAUGACGGGAUUUCUACA